UAGGUUAUCCAUGGAAAAUAAUAACAAUAAUAAUUUUAAAAAAAACCAUUGCCGAUUGACAUUUCUUCCACUCCUGAACAACAAAUUAGACCCCCGGUAUGGCGUCGACUACCGGCGACGAGAGGCCGACGGCGAAUGUCGAAGGUGCCUACCUUCUGGGGCAACCGAACUUCACAGAGCUCGACAAUGGCCGCUUCCGGUGCGUGGAGACUGGCCACGAAAUCCUCGCGAAGGACAGGGACUCCUACUCUCGGACCAAGCACUGUCGUCUCGGCCUCAUCGACUUCGCUUUGUCCCAUCAAAAAGCUCCUCUUAACAUGUUCGUGCAGGAUCCUCUCUUCAGUUCGAAGUUAAUAUGCAGACUUACGGGUGAUACCAUCAAUAAAACAGAGGAACAUAUAUGGAAGCAUAUUAGUGGCAGACGAUUCCUCAACAGAUUAGAGCAAGAGGAGUUACAGAAAGACGCAUUGUCUAAGUCAAGAAAGCAGCAACGCAAGAGGAAGGCUGCUAAGGCUUCAAAGUCAAGUACGGAACCUUUUAAAAGUAAAAAGAAGCGUCAGGAUUGUGACAAUGGAGGAAGGGGAUUGGCUUUAGAAUCAGUUUCAGAGCAUGUAAAUCAUGGGGCCAAUACAACAGUAUUAAAAAUGGAUCCUGGACCUAUUAACCCAACUAUAUUACAUUUGCAAUCUACACACCGUUCACAAUUGGUGUGGAUGGAUCAAUCUGCUAAUUGUUUGCAUUGUCGGAGGAGAGAAGCUAUUUUACAUCGCACUAUUGAUUUAGAUCCACGAAUGGUGCUGUACCUAAAACAAUCUGGAUUUUGGGGUGUUGCCCGUAUUGGAUUCACUCAAUUAGAUUGGCAUCUCAUAACUGCAAUGGUAGAGCGAUGGAGACCUGAAACCCACACAUUUCAUAUGCCUGGAGGAGAGUGUACAAUUACAUUACAGGAUAUAGCUAUCCAAUUUGGUUUGCCGGUUGAUGGAAAGGUAGUAACUGGAUCAUUACAACAUGAUUGGCCAAUGUUAUGCGAGGAUUUAUUAGGUGUACGACCUCCACAGCCACAACUUAGGGGCUCUAGAUUAAGCCUACCCUGGCUAACAUCACGUUUCACAAAGCUACCCCUCGAAGCAGAUGAGGUCAUGAUCAAACGUUAUACGAGGGCAUAUAUAAUGCAACUUAUUGGAGGAUUUUUAUUUGCAGACAAGUCUAGCACGUUUGUUCAUCUCAUGUUUCUCCCUCUCUUAAAUGACUUUGAAGAGGCUGGACGAUAUUCUUGGGGUAGUGCAUGUCUUGCAUGGUUGUAUCGAGAAUUAUGUCGAGCCUGUCAAAUUGACACAUUGGAGAUUGCAGGACCACUCAUAUUAUUGCAAGUGUGGGCUUGGGAUAGAUUUCCUACGAUUGCACCACAACGCAAAUCAACGACGCCUAAUGAACAUGUUGGAUGCCCACUUAGUGCUCGAUGGAGUGGCUCUUUAACUGUCACUAAGGUAUCCACACAUGUGCUAAGCCAAUAUCGAUACACAUUUGAUCGACUUACACUAAAUGAGAUGGUUUGGACACCUUACACGCCUGAGAUUAUGUCUACGUUACCAGCAUAUUGUCUUAACGGACAAGAUAUUUGGUUGACUAUAAGUCCUCUCAUAUGCUUCCAUAUUAUAGAAUGGCAUCGACCAGAUCGCGUAUUAAGACAAUUUAAAUUCCGACAAUGUGUGCCACCAAAUUGUGAUACAGAUAAGCAAUUGCAUCAAUUAGACUUGAGAGGUAAGCGUGACAAUGAUUGGAGACACCAACAUGCACAAUAUAUCUCAGCAUGGGGUUUGCGUCGAGAGUGUUGUGCAUCUGGUGAGGUAAUACAGGAUGGGAUAGGUGUUUCAGAUAACUACUUUUCUUGGUACAACUCAAUCACAAGGAGAUAUAUUACACCUCAAGGAGCUGCUUAUGACUACAUGGGAAAUAUUAUUAAGCAAAUACAUAAUAUUUCAUCACAAGGUGAGGUAAAGUCUCUAUGUGAGAGUUGCUUCAAAGUAAUGGACGAUCUUCAUGGUAGGAAUAGUGUAAGACCUAACGAUGUUAACAAGCAACAAAAUUCUCGUAGGCGUUCACAACCAAUUGUUUAGGACAACCUUGACGAUAGAGUCGAUGAUUAGAUUUUGACUAACCCUUGAUGGAUCUUGACAGAAUCACUAAUCUUUUGUAAUGCUACACCAAGAAUUUUGAAGAAUAUUGCAUCAAUUUUUGUUCAA